AUGAGUGCAAGUCGCCUUGUGUCUCUCAGAGCAGCAGCUCUGGGGAAUAGCUAUAGGCCUCGAAUCACGCCAUUGCAUGUCUUCAAGAGUGGUAGCACGGUCAUUGCUUCUCGGAAUGUAGCUCCUCUUGCUCGGAGUGCUAACUUACCAUCUAACGUGAGCAAGCGGCUAUUGUCGGAUUCAACCCAACCGCAAGCCACGUUUCAAGAGAUCAACGUUACGAACGAUCCAUUUGAUGAGAAAAGUACGCAAUUGGCCUAUCGCUCAGCUUUGAAAAGCGGCAAUGUCGUUAUCAAAACCAAUAGUAAGACUGGAGCGCCCUUCUGGCAGUUCGGAUCUCUCUAUCUUAGAGAGAAUUGUCAAUGCCCCAAGUGCAUUCAUCCGGAUACAAAGCAAAGGAUUGUCGACACAUUCUCGCUUUCGCCCCGUGUCCAACCCGCAGAAGUCCAGAACAAGGGCGCUAAUGACAUCCAAGUCAAAUGGAGCGAUGGACAUGAGAGCACAUAUUCUUGGAAGUGGCUUUCGGCGCACAGGGGGAAUCUCAAACCAGCGAUCAAAUCGAAGGAAGUAAAGCCAAAUAGACUCCCUAGGCCUUUCAAGGCAUACGACCCUGAAAAGGGUAAUCCAUACCCUGAAGUGGCGUACGAGGACGUGAUGUCCAAGGAUGCCGCAGUGUUGGAAUGGUUGGAGAAAAUCUGGGUAUGGGGCUUCUGCUUCGUGAAAGGUGUUCCCGUCAAUCCCGAAUCAACCAAAACUUUGAUCGAAAGAAUCGCAUUUAUUCGACACACGCACUACGGUGGUUUCUGGGAUUUCACUGCGGACCUAACCUAUAAGGACACGGCAUAUACGAACGAGUUGCUAGGUGCUCACACGGAUAACACCUACUUCACCGAUCCCGCAAGGCUACAACUCUUCCAUCUGCUGUCUCAUACGGACGGAACAGGUGGAGAGAGCUUACUCGUGGACGGCUUCGCGGCUGCCAAAGCGCUGUCCAAGGAUAGCCCGGACUUCUACAACUCUCUAGCUAGCUCUCGGCACCCAUGGCACGCAAGUGGAAAUGAUGAUGUCUGUAUCCAACCUUCCACCACUGCACCUGUCCUCAAGGUUCAUCCCGACACCAAAGCCGUUUACCAAGUUCGUUGGAAUAACUAUGACCGCGCGCCGAAAACCAGCUGGCACGUAUCGGAGCAAAAGGACUGGUAUAUGGCAGCCCGGGCCUACAAUGAUAUAUUGACCAAACCUUCGAAUGAGAUCCGGACCCAACUACAGCCAGGAACAGCAUUGAUCUUCGAUAACUGGAGAAUGUUGCAUGGUCGCUCCGAGUUCACUGGAAAACGUCGCAUGUGUGGUGGCUAUGUCAACAACGACGACUUCAUCUCACGUUUGCGCCUUCUCAAGUUUGGCCGCCAGACCGUUUUGGACAAUCUUGGAAAUACCAGGGGCUGGCAGAAUCGUGAAAACCCAUACUCAAUCUAUUAG